GAGACUGCCUUGGCGACAACCAUCGCUGUCGCUCUUUGCUAGCUACUCGCGUCACCUUCCAGAACGUUAACGGCGUCCCGGAGGAGGGUGACCAUGUGAAACAGCGGCAGAUCAACUCCUGGUUGCAAGAUGAGCGAGUGGGAAUUGCGUUGUUGGCGGAGGCCAAAACGUUUUGGCCCUCUAUCCCAGAGCGUCAUGGGUGGAACGAUAGGAUGCGUCAAGCUACGAUGAAGGCAAAGCACAAAGGUUUUUAUUCCGCUGUUGCUUAUAAUAAAGAGCAGUCACGAUCUUCGGCAACUACAGUCUUUCAAUGGGGAGGAUGCAUCGCGACAGUACUUAGUCAGGUCUCGCACCGAGCUAAAGAAUCAGGUAGCGAUUCGACGGGGCUGGGACGAUGGGCUUAUGUUCGUCUUCAAGGGAAGAAGCUGAAGGCGCUGGGGGGCAAUGACCACUCCAGCUCGGCGAUUGACGUUGAUCCGCGCAAAGCAUUUGUCGAUGACUUGUGCAAACAAAUUCAAAAGUGGAGGGACGAGGGUUGCGAAGUUUUGCUGGGGAUCGAUGCUAACAAAGACCUUUCGGUUAACUCCCCGGACUCCAUACGGCAGCGGUUCCCUUUGGGCAAUUUCAAACCCCAGGAGUCUACCUUCCAACCUCGCAAACUGACCCUUUUGGAUAAGCGGUCGGUUAGACGCUAUCUUCAACUGGUCCACUUGGGUUACGAGGAGUAUGACAUCCCUUCUCGUCUUACCAAGCUAAAUCAGCGUAUUGAAUCCAAUGAGCGACAGAUGUCACUCCCGCUGGCACGCAAAUAUAACUGCCUUCACAGGCAGAUGUAUACGGUACGGCGGCUGGCUGAAGGCAAUUGUCGCACUACCUCAUCUGGCAAGGUUCCUUGGUCUCCAAAAUUACAGGACUUCUGGGAUCGAUUGAGUCUCUGGAAGCUACUCCUUAAAGGCCGCAAGCGAUGCCGUGUGAGCUCCCGAAAGGUUCGGCGCCUGAUGAAGAAGACAAGGCUGUGCAACGCGUGGAAGCAGACAACUGACAAAUUGGAAGAGGCAUUGGCAGCUGAACGCAGGGCGUAUAAGCAAGCCAAACGUCAGGCAACCCAAUUGCGACGGGACUUUCUUACGGCUCAGACAAAGGAUGCAAAGAAGAAGAAAUGGAAGUCCCAGAAGGCCCACAAUAGAUUCCUUCGGUUACGACGAAUGAAGCAACGAGAGGAGGCGAGACGCCGUCGUCGCGCCCAACAAAAGGGAUCUACCGGGGGUUUACGGGCUAUUCAGAUCGAAGAAAAGUUACCAGAUGGCACUACACGGCUACGUACUAUCACUGAUUGUGCUCUGGUUGAAGAAGGCUGUAUGCAAGAAAAUGCGGCACGGUACGACCAGACGCGUGCUCCAUAUACGACUCCACCUAUGGCGGAACCCUUGUAUACAGCAUUCACCGGCGCUGAGGCUGAACCUAAUUCCAUUGCCCUAUUGGAAGGCCGCUACGCGCUGCCCGACCUUCUCGACCCGGCCACUAAGGCCUUUCUUUCCCAUUGCCGAUUUCACCAGGAGCGGGAUCACUUACCCGUACACCUUGAGGUUACGACUUCUGAUCACGUGUACUUCUGGUCUCGGAACCCAGAGGACAAGGGUUCUGAACCCCAUGGGUUGCACAACGGACACUUCAAGGCAGCGGCCCAGUCACCAGUUAUUGCCUUUUGCGAUGCCCUUUUUCGCAAUAUUCCUUUGGCAACGGGAUUCUUAAUGAAUUCGGAGGCACAGGCGAACAACAAAAAGGCGGGUCGCGCGGCCAUGCGAUAUGCCGAGGAACACUCCUUGAUUCCGGACGGUCAGUGUGGUUCUCGGAAACGCCAUCAAGCUAUCGAUCUGGCCCUGUCCAAACGUCUGGUCUGGGACCUGUUGAUUCUCCAACGACGCGCGGCAGGGUGGAUCUCUAAUGAUGCCAAAUCCUGCUUUGACCGCUUUGGCGAUUCCGAUCGUAGCUUCCAGCCUCCUUCUGCUAUCCACUUUCAAGCAUGUGGCCAGGGUAAUGGAGCAGGCCCUCCCAUAUGGAUCUCGGUGAGCUCUGUUCUCAUAGCCAUGAUGGAAGCGAUGGGUUACGGCUUUGAGUGCCUCUCAGCUCUGGAGUCACAAUUGGUCACCGCUCAAUGCUUUUGCUUUGUCGACGACACCGACGUCAUUGAGGCUGGCAAUACAGUCCAUCACUCGGGUGAAGCUAUAUGCGCAUCCGUGCAGGCAGCAGCUACCUUGUGGGCGGGGGGUAUCCGAGCUACUGGUGGUGCGAUUAACCCUGAGAAGUCCUUUUGGGGGCUCAUCGACUUCGAUUGGGACUCCCGCACAGGCAAAUGGAAAUUUCGUGGGAAACAAGCAGUUGCCCCCGACUUUGAACUCCAAAUUCAAGGUCUCUCAGGAGCUACUGAAUCCCUGCGUCGUCUUGAGCCAGAUGACUCGGAACGCACUUUGGGAGUUAUGCUUGCUCCUUUGGAAAACCUUAACCGUUUCCUGAUCAGAGGCUGA